AGAAGGAAUUACCAAUAACAAGGGUUUUCUUUUCACUUUCACGUGAGGAAUCAAACAACUUCUUCUCCUCCUUCUUUUUCUUCUUCUUCUUCAUGCCGUUCCAUUCCAUUCUAGAGCAUUGAUAUCCAAAAAGAAAAGAAACUUCGUAUGCUUCAGACUAAAACCAUAUCGAAAUCCAGAUAUGGGUCUACGCCGCAUUUACACACGAGGCUUAGUUUGCACAGCGUUCUGCAUCUUUUUCAUUGCCAUCUUAGAAGAUCCUGUUGAGUCGUCGUUGGAUGAAGUGUCAUAUGAAGUGUGCAAAACCCACAGUUGUAAAGGCAACUGUCUGAACAUAAGCUAUCCCUUUUAUAUUCCUGGAGAAGGACGUGAAUUAUGCGGUUACCGUGGAUUUGAGAUCACUUGUGAAGGAACAAAAGCUACGUAUGCUACCUACACAGUUAAAAGCAUCUCUUACGAGGAGAGUUCCAUCGAAUUAGUAAGGCAAAGGGAUACUUCUUGCUUUGCUCCUCGUCCCUUCAUUUUCGUUCCCAUAAACAUCUUCCUAAACAACAGUUUUUCUCUUCAUCCUAAACUCUUGUUCUUCUAUAACUGCACCAACCCUUCUUCUUUUCCCUUCCCAACAUCCCCCGUGAGUUGUACAUCUAACGCCACAUACAACAUCUCUGUUGCAUUAAAACCUCCAAAUAGCACCUUCUAUCGCCAAAAUAAUUCCUGCCUGUCAGUGUCAGCGGUACCAGUACAACUGAAGGAAGGGUUCUCUAAUCAAACUAUCAAAGAUGUCAACUACAAGGAGUUGUUGGGGAAUGGCUUCCAGUUAAAAUGGGAUAUAUUAACUAACAAGAUUUGUACUGGUUGUCGAGAAAGUGGAGGCCGAUGUGGACGAUCACGAGACACAGACUUUCUGUGCUAUUGCCCACAUGGAACCAAUAAUCCCAGGGACUGCAACAGUGGCGGCGGAAAUAGACGUUUGUGGUGGAAGAUAGGACCAGGUAUUGGAAUCGGAAGCUUGGCCAUUGUCCUGUUCUCUUAUAUGAUCCACUUAAAAAGGAAGAAUGCUUCUUUGAAGUUCCACUUGAGAAAUAGCACCCCAUAUCCUCAUUCGCAUUCAGACAUGGAAGAGAGCAGUGUCUACUUUGAAGUCCCCAUUUUCACCAGUGCUGAACUUGAAGAAGCCACAAAUAACUUCUCUGCUUCCAAUGAACUUGGAGAUGGAGGUUUUGGAACUGUUUACUACGGAAAACUUCGAGAUGGACGGGAAGUAGCAGUGAAGCGCCUAUACGAGCACAGCUACCGGAGGGUAAAGCAGUUCAUGAAUGAGGUAGAGAUCCUAACCCGUUUGCAACACAAAAACCUUGUGUCUCUGUACGGUUGCACUUCUCGCCACAGCCGUGAGCUUCUACUUGUCUAUGAGUACAUCUCCAAUGGAACUGUUGCUGAUCAUAUCCAUGGCCAGCGAGCAAACUCUUCUACUACAUUGCCUUGGAAAAUCCGUAUGGACAUAGCCAUAGAGACUGCUACUGCGUUGGCUUACCUCCAUGCUUCUGACAUUGUCCACCGUGAUGUGAAAACAAAUAACCUCCUCCUCGACAAGAAUUUUGGGGUUAAAGUUGCAGAUUUUGGGCUUUCGAGGCUUUUCCCCGAUGAUGUCUCUCAUAUCUCAACAGCUCCUCAAGGGACUCCAGGUUAUGUGGACCCCGAGUACCAUCAGUGCUACCCGCUCACGGAGAAGAGUGACAUCUAUAGCUUCGGAGUUGUUCUGGUCGAGCUUGUAUCAUCCAAGCCAGCUGUCGACAAAAGCAGAGAAAGGCACGAGAUUAAUUUGGCCAACUUUGCUAUUAAUAAGAUUCAGAAAUGCGCGUUUGGCGAAUUGAUCGACCCAAAUCUAGGAUUUGAGUCAGAUAGCGAAAUCAAUAGGAUGACAACUUCAGUGGCCGAGUUAGCUUUCCUGUGCUUGCAACUGGACAAGGAAAUGAGGCCUCCCAUGGAUGAGGUUUUGGAGGAACUGAAGGCGAUCGCGUGCGAUGAUAAUGCUGCGGACAUAUUUGUUGAUGCGGAUAAGGGUGAAGGUGUCCUUGCUCCAUCUCCUCCGGAUUAUGAUGAUUCCCAGCUACUGAAGUAUAUGCGGUCGACCCAUUCUCCAGUUUCUGUGACUCAAAAAUGGGGUAGCAGCGGCAGUUCUGCUCCUGGUGUUGAUGGUUAGAUUAUCCAUGUAGCCGUUUGUCACAUACUGUACAUACGUGAAUGCAAGUGAGCAGUCAUAUAUGUUGAGACGUUACUGAUUUAAGCGCUGGGUCGAAAUCUGAAGGUAUGGACUUGGUAAUAUAGCACUUUUGUCAAUCUAGCUUACACAUGAUAUUGAACCAUAUAGAGGUUAUUUAGUUUAACUGUUGUUUGGUACUACAUUAGAAGUAUCCAACACGACACAUGGAUAUAUCGGUUGGCCGAAAAAAAGAACGGCAUAUAAAUAUGAGCAGAUUCAACACAUAGAUAACAAUUAUAGGGAAAGGCUUCAGAGACCAUCUUUCUCUAUGGUUGGUUGUGACUUAUACUGAACUUCUGUGAUACAAUCAUUCAAACUUAUGACCAUGGUGACUUGA